AGAUUUAUCGACAGUGAGGGACGUCGCUCGCUGCGCUCUCUCGCUUCUCGCUACGAUGGCGGCCUCGGCGACGUCGAUCUCCACAGCGUCCUUCUCCCUGAAGCCAUUCAGCAAUGCCCGGAGCCGCUCGAUGACGCGCCGGAGGUGGAUCCGGUGUUCUAUAGCGAGCGAGUCGACGAUUUCCCCCUCCCAAGGCGCCGGUGAACCGGCGGGGAGAAUUUCAGUGGAUUGUGUCGUGGUUGGUGGAGGGAUUAGCGGGCUGUGCACUGCCCAGGCGCUGAUCACUAGACACUCCAGCGCUGUGGGGGAGGUCCUCGUCACUGAGGCACGGGGUCGUGUUGGCGGGAAUAUCACUACCGUGGAGAGGGAUGGGUAUUUGUGGGAAGAGGGUCCCAAUAGUUUUCAGCCAUCCGACCCCGUGCUCUCCAUGGCGGUGGACAGUGGAUUGAAGGAUGAUUUGGUUCUCGGGGAUCCUGAAGCUCCGCGUUUCGUUUUGUGGGAUGGAAAGCUGAGGCCGGUGCCGGGAAAGCCCACAGAUUUGCCCUUCUUUGACUUGAUGAGUCUUGGAGGUAAAAUCAGGGCUGGAUUCGGUGCCAUUGGUAUCCGCCCUCCUCCCCCAGGGCAUGAGGAGACGGUUGAGGAGUUUGUGAGGCGAAAUCUUGGAGAUGAGGUUUUCGAGCGAUUGAUAGAGCCAUUCUGUUCAGGUGUUUAUGCUGGUGAUCCUGCUAAGCUUAGCAUGAAAGCUGCCUUUGGAAGAGUGUGGAAAUUGGAACAGAAUGGUGGAAGUAUUAUUGGUGGGACAUUCAAAGCAAUUCGGGAGAAGAGCAAAAGUCCUAAGACACCCAGAGAUCCGCGGUUGCCUAAACCCAAGGGACAGACAGUGGGAUCCUUUAGGAAAGGACUUGGCAUGCUACCUGAGGCAAUUUGUUCAAGGUUGGGCAGCAGAAUUAAACUAUCAUGGAAACUGACCAGCAUUAAAAAAAUGGACAGUCAAGGGUAUACAUUAACAUAUGAAACACCAGAAGGGCUAAUGUCUGUCCAAACCCGAAGUGUUGUCAUGACCAUUCCAUCCUAUGUUGCUGCAAGUUUGUUACAUCCUCUUUCGGUUGAUGCUGCAGAUGCUUUGUCAAAGUUCUAUUACCCACCAGUUGCUGCUGUUACUAUUUCAUACCCUAAAGAAGCAAUCCGGAAGGAAUGUUUAAUUGAUGGUGAGCUUAAGGGUUUUGGCCAAUUACAUCCACGAAGUCAAGGGGUGGAAACUUUAGGAACAAUUUAUAGCUCAUCGCUAUUUCCAAAUCGAGCUCCCUCGGGAAGAGUACUGCUUCUUAACUACAUAGGAGGUGCUACCAACACUGGAAUUGUAUCCAAGACUGAGGAUGAACUUGUGGAAGCGGUCGACCGUGACCUGAGGAAGAUGCUUAUCAAUCCAAAGGCUGAAGACCCUCUACCACUUGGUGUGAGAGUCUGGCCACAAGCCAUACCCCAGUUCCUGAUCGGACAUCUUGACCACCUAGAAUCUGCAAAAACUGCCCUUAGCAAAGCCGGUUACGAGGGACUAUUUCUCGGAGGCAAUUACGUAGCCGGUGUUGCAUUGGGUAGGUGUGUGGAAGGAGCUUAUGAAAGUGCAUCAGUGGUAUCUGAUUUUCUAGCCAAGUAUGCUUACAAAUAAAAUUAAAGUCAUCAAUUUGUAUUUAGGUGACCCCUUGUAGUAUUGUUCCGGAGCAAAUGCUCUACUUCUUGGGACCAGAUCUUUUUGAACAGCAUCUCAAUCUGUAGAUUGUUCUUGUGUUUUAUUAUCUUUCUAAACCACCGGCCAACAUAAUAUGAGAAAUUCUCUUUUGUGCA